UCUGGAACAUUCCUAAAUACUUAGAUCCCGGUUACAUCGGUGUCUCCCGCCGGUGUGUGGCUGCUCCUGGAGGAAGUCUACUCGCAUCCUUCUGUUCCUCGGCCGGACCGUGUUGUGGAGUUUACUGCUCAUCGGUGGGACUGCCCUCUCUUUCCCUCCACCAGGGUCCCUCAGCAUCUCCUUCUGCGCAGACCUCGGGUCAACCAGGGAAUGACCAUCACCUAUACAGCACGAGUUGCGAAUGUCCGCUUCUGCAGCUUCUCCAAGCUGCUGGUGCUGUGGAAAGGGAGCAUCUACAAACUCCUGUAUAAGGAAUUCCUGGUCUUCUCAUUCAUGUACGCCGUCCUCAGUAUCGCUUACAGGUUUUUGUUUCUGGAAGAGCAGAAGAGGUAUUUCGAGAAGCUGGCUUUGUAUUGCAACCACUACGCCAACCUGAUCCCUAUGGCCUUCGUGCUGGGGUUUUAUGUGACUUUGGUGGUGAACCGCUGGUGGAACCAGUACACGAGUAUCCCGCUGCCCGACCGCCUCAUGUGUGUCAUCUCCGGAAACGUGCACGGCGCUGAUGAGCGGGGCCGCCUGCUGCGCCGGACCAUGAUGAGGUACGCCAGCCUUUCGGCGCUCCUCAUCCUGCGCUCCGUCAGCACGGCCGUCAUCAAGCGGUUCCCCACCAUGGACCACGUGGUGGAAGCAGGGUUUAUGACCAAAGAGGAGCGCAAGAAAUACGAGAGCCUUCACUCUCCGUACAACAAGUACUGGAUUCCGUGUGUGUGGUUCACCAACCUGGCCGCCAAGGGACGCAAGGAAGGACGGAUAAAGGACGACAGCGCUCUCAAGCUGUUGAUGGAGGAGCUCAACACCUUUCGGGCAAAGUGCAGCCUUUUGUUCCACUAUGACUGGAUUAGCAUCCCCCUGGUGUACACACAGGUUGUCACUAUAGCUGUAUACAGUUUCUUCCUGACCUGUCUGAUAGGUCGGCAGUUUCUUGACCCUGCCCAGGGAUAUGCAGGACAUGACAUCGACUUGUACAUUCCUGUCUUCACCCUGCUACAAUUUUUCUUCUACGCCGGUUGGUUAAAGGUGGCUGAACAACUAAUAAAUCCCUUUGGAGAAGAUGACGAUGAUUUUGAAACAAACCAUUUGAUAGAUCGCAACUUUCAGGUGUCGAUGAUGGCGGUUGAUGACAUGUAUCAGGAUCUGCCUCUUAUGGAAAAGGACCGAUACUGGAAUGAAUCCAACCCCCGGCCCCCAUACACCGCCGCCACAGUGUUCGUGCUGCAGAAGCCCUCCUUCCAGGGCUCCACCUUCGACAUGACGAUUUCCAAGGAUGACAUGCACUUCCAGCCGAUGGAAGAGAUCGAGGAGAACAGGGAAGAGGGGGGCACCCAGCAUGCACCCCUCUUCAGCCGCCUGUUACCCAGCGUCCCAUCUCCAGCCAGCAAUGUGCCGCGCUCUGCUCGCCACUUCCAGCUGCUGAAACGCAGGAACAGCGUCUCCUCCGACGCCUCCAUGUACAGCUGCCUGUGCCAGGACACCCAGACCACGGUCUGUUCCUGUGGCACCGACUCCGAGCAUAAGCCGCUAGCCCAGCUGCACUUCCUCUCGGAGGACGCCUGGCGGGGCGGGAAAGAGUCAGCCGCCAACUGCCCUCACGUCGGCGAGAGAAAGAGUGAGGAUCAGGGUACUGGCAGGCCCGAAAUGCAGAGUAGAAGUGAGUGCGCACCUCCCCUUCCCCUUGCCGAGGAAGACCAGCUCAGUGUUUCUGCUUCGAUCCCAGCCCAGGAAGGCUUGCCCCACAGAGGAGACCAGAUAUCAUCCUACGAUGCUCCUGCCAGCGCGGAGGGACCUCUGGAGAAGCAGGACUGCAGAUUCCUGAGUCCCCCAGGGAGGGUUCCUCUGCACAACCAUCCAGUAAAGGAAACCAGCCCCCCACCCUUCUGGGAACUGACAACAUCUGUUCUCAGUAACGUCUCAUCUGUAGAGGGGAGCCACACCCACCGAGGAAGCCACGGUCUCCAGCAGCUUAUUGAUGCACCAUUACUCUCCCUUUCCCCUGCUGAAGAGGAGCCGGGAGAAAAGACCGAAUGGCCGAGAGUGGUCAAGCGCUCUCUGCGAGGCGACGAUGUCCAAGAAAAGAGGAGCCGCCUGCAAGUGUCCGAGUCGCUGCAAGUCAAUGGGGGAGAAGCUGAGUCCAGAACACCAUCUGAGCUGUGAAGCGAAAAGCAUCCGAACUUUGCAAAACUCUUUUCGCCGCCUGGCUGCCCAUUAGACUUAGGCGUUCAGGUGCUGAAAACAGCACACCCAGGUUAUUAUUUGUACAAAGGUUCAAUACUCAGCGGGUCAGACAGCAUCUGUGGAUGCCUGUAUUGAGGAAGGUUCCCCCCGCCUCACCUGAGAGGUUCCGACAUCUUUGGUGUUGUUUCAGAUUUCCUGCACCUGCAAUUUUUUGACUUCCACCAUUAAAUAUUCAUGGUUUUAGCAGGUCUGUGCGUAAUAUUAACGCCUGACUGGUGCAUGUUUUGAUGGAGGACAAUGUCGGACCAGCUGUCAGGGCUCAUUAAAAAGCAGAAGGCUCUUUGUAUUGUCCUGCCCAGCCCCAUGAACCCGCUUCAAUUACCACUUGCUUCAGUCCUUCUCUGCGUUAGAUUCCGGGUGGGACUGCUCCUGCCCAGUCAGAGUCCAGCACAGAUCAGGGUGCAAAUUCAGAUAGUUAGUAAUAUAAUCAGAGAACACUACAGCACAAAAACAGGCCCUUCAUCCCAUCUAGUCCAUGCUGAUAGCUCUGGACACCAGCAAGUGUCAGGGUCCAGAGGGAUUUCAAUGAAAAGAAUAGGCAUGAACAUGAGCAAAGUAUCUUUCCGAAUCACCGAUUCCAGCUGGAAAUAAACCUGAAAGCCUUCACAGACCGAAUCCUUUUGAAACAACCAGAUCUGUUGAUGUGCAUAGUGCUUAUCCUCUACGGUUGUUUGAUAUUUAUGGUGUUACAGGAGUUGGGAUCACGGAACUACGGGAUCUGUACUCUGAGCAAAGGAUGCACACAAGAGCCUAUGUGUAGAAGUCAAAACAAACCGCAAAGGAAAAGAUGAAUUGCUUACAUUUUGGGAAAAGGCCACAUUAUCUGUAAAUAAUAAAAGUCCACUUGACAAUCACUGCAUUAACAGUGGAUAUUAUUUUCUAUAGUCAAAAAUUUGAACUUGAGUAUUUAGACUAUCGUUCUUCUCCAAGACCUGAGGUGGCGGGGUCAAUUCUGGUGUGGUUAUGCUGCUUCUAGGGGAGCAUCCCUUCAGCCAUGUCCCCGUGUCCUCAUAGAAAUUAUUCUCUCUCGCACCUUCCUAUGAACUCCCCUUCGAUUUUUUCCCAUUAGCCCCCAGGCAGCUGAGGGUUGUGACAUCACAUGACUCUACCCUGGUGCGGUGAUGUCACCGUCAGGCUGAACAGCCUCAGGCAGGGAAUUUAACCAUGCAGGUUAAUUGACAACAGAGCAGUCAUUGAUCUUCCAUAGUUGAUACAGGCCGUGGCUACCUUUGGGCAGAGUCAAUUCAAUCUACGGCUCUUAGAAUGAGUAAAUUAAUCAGCUUCCUCAUGUUGCAAUGGAAAAUAAGUAAAUGCAUAUUCUGUAGCUCCCAACAACUGGUGUUCCAAUGCUAAUGCCACAGUGUUCCACUAUCAACCUCCUCUAAAUGCCCAAAUGUUUUCUGUGCAGAUCUCUUUAACCUGCUGUACAACCCGUUGGGGAAACGAACCCUUCAAUCAGAAGAUGGGACAUGGACCCAUUAAUGGUUCAUGUUUUUCUCAAUUUAUCACAGCUAACACUGGAAACCGUCAAGUUUUAUCAUGGGAUGUUCUAGACCAUAAGAAAUAGGAGCAGUAUUAGGCUACUUGGCCCAUCGAGUCUGCUCUGCCAUUUGAUCAUGACAGAUUUAUUUUCCCUUUCAAUCACAUUCUCCCCAUAACCUUUGACACCCUUACUAAUCAAGAACCAUAAUUCAAGGAAGAUGAAAGGAAUAGAAACGAUUCAAGCUUAUUGUUCAAACCUCCUGUAAUGUGGGUGGCCAGGUUUACCUGGAUCCUUGUGGAGUUUGAUCAGACUGGCACGGCAGGGCAGCUGAUGGUUACAGUGAAUGGUCAGCCUGAGAAAUAAUGUCCAGUGGAGUUGCUAUUCCACCAUUGCCAAAUUCCAACUAGGAUCACUUCCCUUUCUCAGGUGGGUUCAUUUCAGUUUUAACUCUUUCCUUAAAAAGAAUUUUG